CAGGUCCUACUAUCAUAUAUUAAGUGUAUAAUCUAUGCCUACUAUAAAAAAAAAUCUAUUUUUGUAAUUUUUGUAUACAAUAUUUAAGUGAAUUUUACACUUAUUUAAAUAGGUACGAGCAAUUAUUGUAGAUUCGUAAAUAAAUUGUAAAAUACAAAAGCUACGCCUAUAAUAUACUUUUAUCGUAAGUGCUUCAUGUUUAAAUUAAAAGUAAUAUUAAUUUUAAAGCAGUAAAAUGAACGAUAUAGUGUUCGUUGGCGAUUGGAUUAAAGACAGAGUACUGGGAUCAGGCAGCUUUGGGACAGUAGUGCUGUGGAAACAUAAAAAGACCGAAGAGAAACUCGCCAUCAAAACUUGUAAAUGGGGCGAUGAACUCACUGACAAACACAGAGACAGGUGGACGAAGGAGGUUGAAAUGUUGCAAAGCUGCCGAAAUCCAAACAUCGUUGGAUCGAAACCCCUUCCAUCUGAAUUUAUAAAGGGCUUAGAGCGAGGCAAUCCUUCAGGUCUACCUAUAAUGUGUAUGGAAUACUGCAGCGGAGGUGAUCUUAGGCAGCAAUUGAAUAAACCCGAAUCAUGUUCUGGACUGCGAGAAAUACAAGUUCGUCAGAUUCUCAGCGAUAUCAGAAAUGCAAUGAAGUUCUUACAUCAAAAGAAAAUAACUCACCGUGAUCUAAAACCAGAAAAUAUUGUUAUGAAUAUUGUAGAGAAUACAGAGCAAAACAAUAUUUCUCCUCAAACUGAACCAAGAGUCAUAUACAAACUGAUAGAUCUAGGUUAUGCGAAGGAGAUUGACUUUAAUUCCGUGUGUGCCAGCUUUGUUGGUACUCUUCAAUAUUUAGCACCAGAGCUACUGUACAGUAAAACAUAUAGCAAUUCUGUUGACUUUUGGUCAUUUGGUUUGCUUGCUUUUGAAAUAAUUUGUGGGAAAAGGCCUUUCCUUCCAUUCAUGUCUCCUGCACAGUGGAUGCCUCACGUUGAAAAGAAAACACAUGAAAAUAUUUGUGUUUAUGAAACUUUUCAUGGAGAUAUUGAAUAUUCAAACAAUAUAUUUCCUGAAAAUCAUAUGUCAGCACCUUUUAAAGUAUUAAUGGAAGAUUGGCUUAGAAUAGCUCUGGAAUGGGAUCCUAAACUGAGAGGCAGAGAUUCUCAUACAAGAGUCAGAUUUAAUAUUCCUACUGAGCAAAGAGAAGUAAGCAGUAACAUCAUCAUUUAUGACCUACUGGAAAAUAUUUUAUCUCGGAAGAUAAUAAAAAUAUUUUCUGUACCUACUCUGUCACGACUAGCAUACCAAAUCAAUGAUACUACAAUGGUUUCUGAUUUGAAGAAAUGGAUUGGGCAAGAUACAAGUAUGGAUAUAGCAGACUUAAUCUUGAUAUGUCCAAAUACUUUUACAGAACUUGGAGAAAUGGACAUUGUGUCAAACUAUUGGAGAGAACACUGUAACACAAUGGUAUACUUGUUCAAUAAAACAUACAUUCUUCAGAAGAACAUAGAACCAGAAGUGCCAAAAUCAGUACAAAGAUGCUUGGAGCAUCCUAAAGCUUUGUACAAUCACAAAAAUAGCCAAACUUUAUAUAAGAAUAGCUUGUAUUUUGUAAAGAAUCAAUCUGAAAUUUAUGAAUCACUCAUUAAUGGGUUACUUGUUAGAGGCGAAUCACUAAAAAAUGAGGGCAAACAAUUGCUACUAAAACAUAAUGCAGUUGAUAAAAGUAUAAGUAAUCUUCUAGCAAAGGAAGAAAUAAUGAAAAGGCUGAUUGAAACUGGUAAGGAGCAAGUAAACAAAUUAAGAGACAGUGGAAAGGGCAUAAACAUGCUUGGAGGUUUCAACAAAACAUUCCAAGACACAGAUGAGCAUUUCCUAAAAAUCAGUAAACUCCAACAAGCCUGGAAUCAAUUGUCUGUUAGACUCACAUCUGCUAAACGACGUUGUAAUGAAAUUGUGUCAGAUGAUAUAAAAAACUUUGUAGCCAAAUAUAAUUACCAAGCAGUUUAUGCCAAUGCAUUCAAAAUAUACAUUAUGGCAAGGAAAAGUGAAAUUAUCGGAAAAGAAAAACACUGUGAUGACAUUAUGAAAAUUUGCUACAACUGUCUCAAAUUGAGAAGUAAAAUAUUGCUUGAAAUUCAUCACCAGCCCUUUGUUGUGAAGCUGAUGGAUUUGGGUACUGAAUUUUCCAAGAUAUCCGACAUUGUGACCAAGGCUGCAGAAAACACAGAAAAAUUAACCAAAGACCUCAGUGAUUACAUUGAUGACCUGAAUAAUUGUAUAUGGUCCACCAUAAACUUGGCAGUUAGUGAUGGGGAUAACUUGGCAGAUAUUCCAUACAGUGUGGUGUCUUUUGAAAAAAAAGACUUCAAAAUUGGUGGACCAGUUUCAAAACACUGCCAGAAAUUAAAAACUACAAUACCAAAUGAUGAUAAAUUGAAAUCUCUAAUAGAAGAUAGUUUAAAAUUACGAUUGAAUCAAGUAAAUUUGUCUGCUGAGGUAAAUUCACAGAGAGAAUUGUUAAAAACUACAAUUUUUGAUUUUAGUUUUCUUAAUGAAUGUAAAGAAUAGUAUAUAUGAAUGUGAAUACUUUUAUCCAAAAAAUAUUGCUGAAACAGCACAUUCUAUGUUAGGUGUACAUUAUGUUAGGCAAAUUAUAUACACAAAAAAUUGUACCUCUAACAAAAUUAAGAAAUGAUCAAUUUUUAUCUAUAAUAUAUAUGUAUAUAUGUAUAUGUUUUAUGGCCUGGAUUUUAGUCCUUUAGCCAAAUCUCCAUUUAUUAUUUCAUUAUUUGCUAAAUGAAAAUGGAAUUGAAAUGAAAUGAAAUGAAGUUUCUUCUUCUUCUUCUUCUUCCAGUGCCUCUUCAAUCCUGAAGGUUGGCUGUUAGUUUUCCGUAUUCUUAUUCUAUUCUUUCUUUAUGUAUUAAAUGAAGUUUAUUUAUCCAAAAUUGAUUAUGGAAUGAAACCAUAUAUAGUGAAUUAUGUCCUAGUAAAAUAGUAGGAAUUUACUAAAAUUUGAUUGGACCCUUUGGACAAGUCUGAGAAGUUACAUUAGGCGAUUUUGUUUUAUUUUCACACACUUUUGCAGUUUGAAAGAUGUUACUAGGUAAUAUCAACAUAUUUAAAAAUGAAGAAACAAUAACUUAAUAAAAUAAAAGAAAUCUAAUAACUUCACUCCUUGUGUUCAUAUUAAAAAAAUAUUUGUGGUGUCAUGGGACAACGGAUAGGAACAAAGUUCCUUAUUAUAAAAAUAUUAAUUUUAAGUUCUAUUUGAGGUAUAAUGAAAAUAAAACUGGAGGUUUCGCAACAACGCACGGUCAUUCGGUAACGUGCGAACUUAUUGUGGUACACUUCAUUCACGUUUGUUUUCAUAAGAGUUAGUGUAUUGCCCAAACGAACGCUCUGAGAUCAUGGUCAAUGAAUGAUAAAAAAAUAUGUUAUGUUUUGUAUGUUAUUACAAAGUUAAGUCGUACACUGUGUGCAUUACUAAUUUAUACGUUAUUAUUAUACAAAGUUAAGGCGUACACUGUGUGCAUUACUAAAAAAAAUCUUACGUUACUGACGUUUUUUCCCGGAUUAAACUUAAAUUAGCAUUUAUCGAUCAUAAGAAUACUUGAGGUUUACUCUUUCAUUGAUUCAUGGAUUUUAUUAUAUAAUUUAAAUUGAAUUUUAAUCCCAGUUCAGUAAUUUUACGAAUUACAGAUGUGCCUUAAUUUUUAUUCGCUUUCAAAAAAGGAGUACCUCCUGGAACAGUUGUGGCUUUUUAAGAUACUUACUUAGAUUGUAAUUAUGAAUCAAUUUAUACUGUGAUCGAUGGAAGUUUUUACAUGGUUUUUACUAACAUUUGUAUACACUUUUUCUAGGUUAUUUAAAUAAUAUCAAAUUAUCUAAUCAUUGUUAUAAUUAUUAUUUGUAUUUUAUUCGUUGAGAUUGCAUUUUUAUUUUAUUUUAAAUUUUUGUAAUUAAAGUGUAUAUUUUUAAUCCUGUGACAUAAAAAUCUAUUCAUGUUUGUCUAGUCAAAUUAAUUGGUACUAAAAAUAAAAACAAAAUGCCUUUUA